CUUCCUCGGGCCUUUUUGACUCACUUCGAUCCACGUCAGCCCCUUUUGAUUGGCGGCCUCUCAUUGGCAGAGGAGACCCCGACCUACUUGCACUCGCGCUUCCGUGCCCAUCGUUGGCUUGGUCUGCCUGCCUGCAAGAUAAAUCUAUCAAAUGGUCGUCCUAGCGCUCUGAUCAAACAGCGUUCAGGGUCCCAGUCUCAUCCUCCGCAGCUCCGCUCCCUUGACCCGAUCACCGUUUCUGUCGGCUGGCGUCGUUACCAGUCUCUGGCUAUUUUCUAUAAAGUGAGAUAUCUUGACAUUUGA